AUAUUUUUCGAUGCUUCCGCUGUUCCUUGUGUUCAGCUGACCUGGAAACGGACAGCCCAGGUACGAGCAAUAAAGGCUCAGUGAUUCGAUCUAGGACCAAUACUUAUGUGAUCGCCUGUACCUCCAAUAGUAAUCGACUGUCCGAUCCUAGACUGGGUUUUAUUAUUGACGGAGAUGCAUUGUCGCUUUUAGGAUUUGCUCGUGGUGACGGCGAGAUCUUCACUUCCGCACUCCCGGACAGGCCGAGGGUUGGUUGCAGAAGGUGUGAAGCCCGAGGCUGAAAAAGUAAUCAUGGUGCGAGUGUUUGGAUUGAAUAAUGUGGAGGGGGGGCGAGUAGUUGUCAUUGGAAGCUUGGACUCUUUCAUACAGGGGUCGAUGAUCAGCUGGGGGAGAUUGUUCACUCGAAAAAAGUUAUGAUUACUGUAAGCUGAGAGACGAGCAUAUAAAGAGUUACGGGGUAGAUGUAAGAUCUUUUGUAGCAUCUUCAUGGCCAGACAAACACAUUGCCAAUGCAAGACAACGACAAUUAAUUGUUUUGUGACCUUUUGACGACGAGUUGCGUCCUGUGGUAUGUGUAUACGAGUUGUCGAUCUACCCACCGUAGGGUUUGGAUGUUGUGAGUAGGAGGGGAGAGGCUUGUAUUGUAAAGGAGGAAAACUCCUUGAUUUAUUCACCUUGAGUCAAGGGUGUUUCGAAAACAAGUUUCUCAACAAGUCACGAUGAAGAAGAUUAUUCGAUAUUUACAAGAUCAGGGUAAGGAUGCCCAUUACUUUUUUCUUUUCUUUCACCGUUAUGCUUUAUGUUGUGUGUGUGUGUGUGUGUGUGUGUGUGUGUGUGUGUGUAUCGGAUGUUUUCUCUUUCUUUGCCCGUUUCCAUUUGCCCUUUGGAGAUUUACAGUAUCCGACGGGGGUUACCUCGCUUAGAGAUGGACUUGUUGACUUAUUAAUAAUAAACAAAAUAGCCGUCAAGGCCUCGGAACAGAAAUAUUCGGGGUCGUCUUACCUCUCACCGUCCACAAAAGAACCACAGCAAAGGAUUCGACAUCAUAGUCCGACAGAAUACAGGGACGCCCGACGACAUUCGAAUUCACAUUCACACUCGUACGCACACGGGACGGCGGCCAUGAUGAUACACGACCAGCCCGAGGCGGAGGCGACGACGACGACGACAGCCGAAAGAGGUUUAUCGGCCGCCACCACGACCGUUGCUGGUUUGGAUUCCGGCGGUGCAGGUGAAGAAACACAGGCCCGGAUCAAUCGAAACAUUACUCGUCACCAGUACGGUCAGGACAACAUUUUACAAUCGUACGAUGUUUUUAUUCCAGAUGAUGACCGAGAAGAAGAACAGCCGGGAAGAUAUUGGGUGUUGUUCAUCCACGGUGGUUAUUUCAGAGACACAAACGUCACAUCUACUUCCUUCCUUCCGGCACUUUCGAAAAUCAUGACACCGACGUCGACAUCCACGUCGACCCCGAAACGGUCACGGUCGAUCCGAGGGUACGCCUCCAUCAAUUACAGGUUGAGUCCACACCCGAACGAACCUCAGGACCCAGACGUCGUCUCGAGGUAUGAAAUGAGGGACGCCAAAUGGCCGGACCAUAUGAACGACGUGUCGGCCGCCAUCUCACACUUGCAGACCAAGUACGGUUUCGGGGAUCGUUAUUUGUUGGUCGGACACAGUGUCGGGGCCACGAUGGCAUUGUUGGCCACCCUUUCGCCUUUUUCGCCCGGGACCGGGUCCACGGCGUCAGGACCCAACCCUUCCCCCCCGCCUCCCACGGUGGUUUUGGGCGUGAGUGGAAUUUACGACUUUCCCGCCCUUCACUCCAAAUUCCCCGGUUACGUGGCCCUGACGAGGAACGCAGGGAUUUCGUCGGCGGAAGACGACGAAAGGGCAAGUCCGGCCAGGUACGACCUGGGACGAUACCGAAAGGAAUGGGCUUCCAAAGUCCCGGGUCGCAAGGUCGGUGUGGUCCUGGCCCAUUCGAAAGAUGACGGUCUGGUGGAUUGGGGACAAGUCGAGAUUAUGAAUCGUGUUCUCACACACACCGACACCGACACUACUACCGUUUCAGACGACAAAGACGAGGUCGACAACGGGCGACAAGGAACUACGAACCAAGUCGAAGUGAAAUUACUCGAAAUACAUGGUCAACAUAGUCAGAUAUGGAGAGACGGUGCGGAAUUGGUCAGGGCCAUACACGAAGGUGUUGAGAUGAUGAAAAGAUUGACCGACGAGGAGGCGGCGGCGCCGUCGUCGUCACCAUGAUAAUGACAGGGGUUUCACCGAGAUACGGUGAUUGAUGACCGAACCCCCAAUUACGCAGGAAGAUGAUAUUUAUCAGCACGAAGAACAAACUUAUCAAUAUGAGGAUUCAAUACAAGAAGUAGUUUUCCUUGGAGGAGAAACAUACCAAGCUCAUUCAAAGCUUUGAUACUAUGACACCCUCUGAGAUAUUUUCCUCGGGUUCUCAGAGUCACACUCAUUGGCAAAAUCAUUCCAUUUCCCCCU